UAAAAGUCUAGCUAGAGUCUCUGUUCGGUGACAUCCUUACCUUUCUAAUCAGAGAGUCGGAUUAGAGUUUGCACUAGAUUUGUAAAAUGAUGACCGUAUCUUUGAUCUGGGGGAUUGUGGUAGCAGUGUGCUGUUGUUUGUGGCUUAUUCUUGGAAUGAGGAGAAGACAGAUGGGUGAACCACCUCUGGAGAAUGGGUUGAUUCCGUACCUGGGAUGUGCUCUGCAAUUUGGGGCGAAUCCUCUUGAGUUCCUGAGAGCAAGUCAAAAGAAACAUGGUCCUGUUUUCACCUGCAGAUUGAUGGGAAACUAUGUCCACUUUCUCACGAAUCCCUUGUCAUACCAGAAAGUGUUGUGCCAUGGAAAAUACUUGGAUUGGAAAAAGUUCCACUUCACUACUUCUGCAAAGGUAUUUGGGCACAGAAGCAUUGACCCAAGUGACGGAAAUACCACUGAAAACAUAAACAGAACUUUCAUCAAAACCCUGCAGGGCGAUGCCUUGAAUUCCCUCACAGAAACCAUGAUGGAGAACCUCCAACUUGUCAUGAGACGUCCACUGGUAGCUAAAUCAAACACGCCUGCCUGGGUGACAGAAGGGAUGUAUUCCUUCUGCUACCGAGUGAUGUUUGAAGCUGGGUAUUUAACCCUCUUUGGCAAAGAUCUUACAGGGCAAGAUGCACAAAAAGCACUUAUUCUAAAUAACCUUGACCACUUCAAGCAGUUUGACAAAAUCUUUCCGGCUCUGGUAGCAGGCCUCCCCAUUCAUGUGUUCAAGACCGCGCACCAUGCUCGGGAAAAACUGGCAGAGGGCUUGCGGCACGAGAACCUCGGAAAGAGAGACCACAUCUCAGAACUGGUCAGGUUUCUGAAUGAUAUGCUUUACACCUUAGAUGACAUGGAGAAGGCCAAGACACACCUCGCUGUCCUCUGGGCAUCACAAGCAAACACCAUUCCGGCGACUUUCUGGAGCUUAUUUCAAAUGAUUAGGAGCCCUGAAGCACUGAAAGCAGCCACUGAAGAAGUGAAAAAGACCCUAGAGAGUGCUGGCCAAAAAACCAGCUUUGAAGGCAGUCCUAUUUGUCUGAAUCAAAGGCAACUGAAUGAGACACCAGUGCUAGAUAGUAUCAUCAAGGAGUCUCUGAGGCUUUCCAGUGCCUCCCUGAACAUCCGGACGGCUAAAGAGGAUUUCACUUUGCACCUCCAGGACGGUUCCUAUAACAUCCGCAAAGAUGACAUCAUAGCUCUUUAUCCGCAGUUGAUGCAUUUAGAUCCAGAAAUCUACCCAGACCCUCUGACUUUUAAAUACGAUCGAUAUCUUGAUGAAAAUGGGAAGACGAAGACCACCUUCUACAGCAACGGAAUCAAGCUGAAGUAUUACUACAUGCCCUUUGGGUCAGGAGCGACCAUAUGUCCGGGAAGACUAUUUGCUGUGCAGGAAAUCAAACAGUUUUUGAUUCUGAUGCUUUCCUAUUUUGAACUAGAGCUUGUGGACAGUCAUGUUAAAUGUCCCCCUCUGGACCAGUCCCGCGCAGGCUUGGGCAUUUUGCCGCCACUAAACGAUAUCGAGUUUAAGUAUAAAUUCAAACAUUUGUGAACACACGGUUGGCAAAAGAGGACGAGAGAUCACGUGACUGGCCUGCAUCACACCAUCACGUAUCAGUCCCUCUGGACAGUCACAUUUGGCCGUGGUGGCACUGAUUCACAGGUCAACGUGCUUGUAAAUCUUAACAUUUUGGUGACAGUUCCCAGAUGCUAUCGCAGACUGUGCUAGCGAAAAAAACUAGCUUCUAGAAGCACAAUACUUUGUUUUCAUUUAAGUCAGUGAAUGUUCAUAGAGCCAGGGACUGAAGUUCAUUAUUUUAAAAAAAAAAAAAAAAAAGUCUUUCCUCUCCCCCACCCCCAGAAUGAAGAUAUUCUGAUUGGCAAAUGGUUUUAUUUUUUUUUUUCCUAAGGAAAUGAUUUCAUUUUUAUAAAAACCACCCAACAAUCAUGUAGAAGGUACAGAUUCACGUUUUAGUGAAACAACAUGAUGUUUUGAGUAGAUAUGGGAUAUCUGGUUGUUUUGUUUUUUGUUUUUUGGGUUUUUUUUUAGAGUAUAACCCUUUCAUUGUCCAGCAUCUGUGACAGAUUCAUGUCAUUCUAAAGGAUACAGGAAGUUUAGAGCAUGAUUAGCCCUUUUAAAGGAAAAAGAGGGGGUAGGCACACCCAGAAGUUAGCAAAUAUCUUAACACAUGGUAAAUGUGCUGCUCGUACAACCAAGCCCACACCUGACAUGCUCCCACCAUAGUCAAAUGUAGAUGCAUAUUAUAAAGAUAUUUCAAAUGGUUUUAUCAUGCUUCUUAAUCAAAAUAAAAUGGUUUUUUUUCAGUAUUCCCUAUAGUAUUCAGGGCUUUUAAAAUGAUGACCUUGAGAUCCUAAACACAUUAGAGAUGGUUUUAAUAUUCUCUAUGGUUCAAUGUACUUUUGCUGGAAACUCUAAUGUCUACAUCAGGUUUCAACUAUUUUAUCUAUGUCUUCAUCAGAUUUCAUGUGAAUGAGAAGACUGUUUUCAGAGAAGGCAGUUUUUUCUGGUAUUACUAAACAUCCAUCAAUGAAGAGAAUGUAGCUCUCAUGUGAUAUCUUUUAAAAUAAAAACUGGAUGAAAAUGACUGCUUAAAACAACUUUGGAUAUAAAACAUGCAAAGAGUUCAUUAACUAUAGCUCGACAUUGGGUUUUAUUUAAAUAUGUUUUAUCUUUAAGUGACUUGUAGCUGAAGGAAAAGUAAUUGUGGGCUAUAUGGUAGUCUUUAACUCCUGUAUACAACAGUGCCUUGGUAAAAUAUUUGAAACAUUGGAGUUAUCAGCUGUACUAUUUUUAUUGAUAUUUCUGUAUGUAUAUAUAUGUAAAUAUAAUUUACUUUUUUCUUGUACUACAAAUUCUAAGAAAAUCUGUUACAUUUGAAAAUUUUGAAAUGAUUCACCUUUCAGAAAUAAACGUGUGAACGUG